AUGCAUCGACUUGUCCUCCUCUGUGUGCUGGCGACUGUCUCAGUCUCCUGGUCCCGGCCUCACCUCAGCCCGCUCUCCUCUGACAUGGUCGACUUCAUUAACAAGGCCAACACCACGUGGACGGCCGGACAGAACUUCCAUAACGCUGACAUCAGCUAUGUGAAGGGACUGUGUGGGACCAUACUGAACGGACCCAAGCUGCCAGAGGUGGCUCAUAAUAUUGAAAACUUCCAGCUUCCAGACAACUUUGAUCCACGUCAGCAGUGGCCCAACUGUCCCACCCUCCAACAGAUCAGAGACCAGGGCUCUUGUGGAUCCUGCUGGGCCUUCGGGGCAGCUGAGGCGAUGUCCGACAGGUUAUGUAUCCACAGCAGCGGUCAGAUCUCUGUGGAGAUCUCAGCUGAAGAUCUGCUUUCCUGCUGUGAUGAUUGUGGCAUGGGCUGUUUCGGUGGUUUUCCCUCUGCUGCCUGGGAAUUCUGGGGAAAAACAGGACUCGUGACAGGAGGCCUGUACGGCUCUAAAGUCGGCUGCAGGCCCUACUCCCUCGCUCCCUGUGAGCAUCAUGUGAAUGGAACUCGUCCUCCAUGUCAGGGGGAACAGGAGACUCCCAAGUGUCAAGAGAUGUGCAUCGAUGGAUACUCACCCUCCUACCCGAAAGACAAACACUUUGGGAAACGCACGUACAGCGUCCCCUCCCAGCAGGAGCAGAUCAUGACCGAGCUGUACAACAACGGGCCUGUGGAGGCAGCUUUCUCUGUGUAUGCCGACUUUCUGCUGUAUAAGACUGGUGUGUAUCAGCAUGUGACAGGGGAAAUGCUUGGUGGUCAUGCCAUCAAGAUCCUCGGCUGGGGGCAGGAGAACGGGACGCCCUACUGGCUGGCUGCCAACUCCUGGAACAGUGACUGGGGAGACAAAGGUUUCUUCAAGAUCAAGCGAGGAAAUGACGAGUGUGGCAUUGAGUCAGAGGUGGUGACAGGAAUCCCACUCAACUAG